CUCCAACACAUUCGUUCACUCUGGUGGAGUAAAGUGACAUUGAAAGGGUGCCUCAACGUGGCAUCCUAGAGAAAGACCCCUCUAUUUACCAACAGCCGUCACCACACUCUACCGUCCUGGCACACGUAGUACCCUCCGAAACGUCCCUACCUCGACUAAUAAAUGACCAGCAUAGGCGCCAGAGAAAUAAAACAAGUGAAAGACACGGAUCGUUAUCCGAACGUGGAGAGAAAAACAACGAAUCAUUUUCGGAAUCAUAUGUAGGAAAAGCGCACGAAUCGUCGUCGCAGUUGCCUUCUCAAUGCAUACCCUUUGUGCUCGGGGAACGAUGAAACCAGAGAUUAGCGCCGCGGUCGGGUUUCUGUCGAGAUUUCUGCGGAUAAAAGGACACGUAAAUGACAGACAGCUUCAAUCAUUCAGCGCAAGUUUACAGGAUAUUUUGUCAGAGCAAUACAAGCACCACUGGUUCCCCGACAGGCCCUGCAAGGGCUCAGGCUACCGCUGCAUCCGCAUCAACCACAAGAUGGAUCCCCUGGUGGGGCAGGCAGGCCAGCGCAUCGGCCUGACCAUCAAUCAGCUCUACCUGCUGCUGCCUAGUGAGCUCACCCUCUGGGUGGACCCCUUCGAGGUGUCCUACCGCAUCGGCGAGGACGGCUCCAUCUGCGUGCUCUACGAGUCCCAGCCGGUGGCCCCGGCGCCGUCGGGAGGCAGUGCGGUCACCUCGACCCCCAUGGUGGACAGUCACAUCAGCUGCAAGGAGGCGGCGGGGAUGCUGGGCAGGACCAGCCCUUCCAAAGCCUACAACAUGAUGACUAUGUCCAGCUAAGGGCUGCCACCCGCCACGUCGGGUCGUGGGUUUCGCCCUAGUUGGUCGAUGGCGAACCUUUUUAAAGCUAAAAAGAAAUGAAAUGAAAAAGAGAAAAAAAUGAGGAGAAAAGGCAGAGGAUGUGGCCUAUCGUCCAGGUGAAACCUUGUAGGUUUGAUAUUUCUUUCUCCUUCCUCGCUCCAUAGUCUGUUAUGUUGUGUUGUGGGAUCUACCGGAGGCUUCGUUUUUUUCCCCGCGGGGGGGGGGGGGGCUGUGUGGAGCGUGGAGCUGUUGGGGGCAGCUAAAACAAACCAAGAAACCGAACAGAGAAACAGCGCAGAGAAGGGGCUGCUUUUUGUUUUUUUACACAGAUCUAUCAUUGUUGACUUUGCACUUUCUUCUCCACGUGGUUACAAUGGGUACCAUGUCACCACCACCCCACCACCCUCUCAAAAGCUUCAAGGAACUGCUGUCAAGAACCAUACCGUUAAAUUUCAGCCUUUUAUCUACUUCCUGUUGUUAUUGGGUGUACUUCCUGUCUAGGAAGGAAGUUAAGGGACUGAGGUCCGGACUGUGCCUGUUUCUAGGUCAGUCUCUGGGGAAACGCCCUAAGUAAUUUUCUUCUAAAACCCAGUUUUUGGACCAUAGGGUAUUUCUUUACCCCCAGAGGCUGCCCCAUAUACCAGUGUCGAGCUUCAGGAAGCCCCUCCCCCUCCAUAUGGAAGUGCAGUGGAAUGCGCUGUGACACCUGUUGCUAAGGACAGUAGUGUGUCACAGCGCACCCCACCAACACCCCCAACCAUGUAUGUGUAGUUUUCUGGGGAGGGCUGGGUAUUUGUCCCCUCCCCUUCGAUCAAUGUUGGUUUGAAAUUCACAAUCAAGUUCUCGUUUUGUUUAAAUCCCUCCAUCCCCACCCUGACCUUUGGCCCUCACCAAAUUCAAAGUGUAGCAUAGGUGGCACUAUAUUUUCACCAAAAUCUGGAUCGUUUGUUUUGGUUGUUGUGGCCCUGUCAGAAGAAAUUACAUUGAAUGCACUUUUGACAUUUAGAUUGUGUGGGAUGUGUACUUCUAGAGAAAACCAUCUUCAUUCCAUUCGCUCCAAUGUCAUCUUUCAUGAGUUCCCCUCCUUUUUUUUUGUAAAUUACUCACAGCUCUUACGUCAGGCUAGACCCCACUCUAUAGAAUUGGGGAGAGUAACUCUGAAGGUUUUAAAAAGAUUUCACACUGUAAGCAUUUCAUUCAGAUCCGUUCAGGUGUUGGUAGGGAGGUGCGGUUUGGUGUCGUGUCAGGUUAGGCGUCUGUUGUCCGUUUGUAAGGCACUUUUCUCGGAAGCCCCCCCCCCCCCCCCCCCAAUACACACACACACACACAGAGAUGGCAAUUUGAGACACUUAUAGAACUCUGAUAGAUCUCUCUGCAGCUGUCGAGGGGUGUGUGAGUGUAGCCAAAGGGAAGUCUGUACGCCCCUGACUGUUUCUAUCCAACUCAGUCCCAAUGGCCUUGUCAGGCUUUCUCAUGUGUUUUUGUUAGACUUUGUUCUUGUCUUUGUGAUUGAAGAUGGGUCCAAGGAUUUCAACACCUCUCCUUUCUUCUGUCUCUCAGUUUGGGUGAGGGGUGCGUUGCCCAACGUAGGACUUCAAUGUUACACUUAUGAGCCAUUCUCUGGAGAACCGAGAGAGAACCAGCGUAAUGUUAGCCAGCCUGGUUCGAGGUGCUGCUGGACCCUCUCUGGAGGUGUGCCUGUCAGGGCAGACAGACACAAGAAGCCCCUCUGGUGCCACAUAUCACCCACAGCCAGCUAACCAACCAGCCAACCCCCUCCCCCCAAUAGCAGUACGGAGAUAGCAGUAACACAUAUUGUCUAUCCUCGCACCAGGGGAGGGAAUGGAGGUGGUGCGGGGGGCCAGAGCCGGAUACUCUCGUCCAGGGCAGCUACAAUCCCUCCGGCCCCCUCUAAACUAACCUCCACCCAACCAACCCCCUCUUGGUGGUGGAGAGCAAAGCCAGCACAUGCACUCAGCGCACUCCGUCUGCACUGGGAGCCCACAUAGAGACAGGCAAAAGAGGAGACAAAGGAUAGGAAGUGACGGUACACAGUCCAAGUUCCUUUGUUUCUUAGGCUGAGCACUGAACUAGUUUACAUGGGUGCAAUAGGACGAUGGUUGUGUCAGUCGUUCUAUAGCUCACUCCUGGUUGGCCUCGCCACAGACAGACGAUGUGACAGGUUGUGGGGUUUCGGGGCUUUUAUCCGCUAAGCUGGCCAGGCUGGGCACCAGCCCAUCAGACCUACAUGUGCUGCUAUAAGCUCCCUAAGCACAGAGGAUCAUGGGUAAUGGAUCUGUGGUUGUUGAUGCACUGCCCACCCUAUCCUCCCUCAUCCACUCCCCUCCUCCUCACUGUCCUCCCUCUCUCCAUUUCUCCUGGUGCUCCUUCAGCAAUCUGUGGAAAAAGCAGUGUCUCCACAUGAGCCAGAUGGACAUGUCUGAGAGAGUAGCCCAGAGCUUUGUUGUUGUGGUAGAAAACCAGCGUUUUAAAAACCUUGCAGCUCCUCUAUUGCUUCGAUGCCAGCUAUCAAUGUUGUUAUGAGAUCGGUCUGUGUUUCAGACGUAGCAAGUUGUCCCUCUUUUUGCUAUAUGUCUUUUAAAGUCACAGAGGUAGCAUCUCACCCCCCCCCCUUUCACCCUAGUCUGAUCAUCUAUCCCAAUUUGAACAGACUUCAUUUUUAGACCUACCAAAAAAGGAAACAAAGCCGAAAUUGUUUGAUCUCUUUCUCAACAGUAACACCACCACCAAAACAAUUGGAUUUAGUCCACAAUAUCGGAUCUGUAAAUGCAUCCAUUCAGCCUUUGCGCACAUAGGUUUCAGAAACGUUGUGAAAAGUGUUUUUGAAUAUUCGGAGGUAAUAGCACAUAAAAUGCACUAAAUAUGUCAAGUUGAAGUUGUGACGUUUUUGAGACGCGAGGAGUCUCUUCUGGAAUGUAUUACCAAACUCAGGCCUCGGACAUUCAAUAACAACCCUUCUGGAAAAGCCUGGGACAUUCAAUAACAACCCUUCUGGAAAAGCCUGGGACAUUCAAUAACAACCCUUCUGGAAAAGCCUGGGACAUUCAAUAACAACCCUUCUGGAAAAGCCUGGGACAUUCAAUAACAACCCUUCUGGAAAAGCUGUGCAUGUUAAGACGUGAAACGGGAAGGGAAUAGUUGUCACUGAUUCAUCAAUGAUUUUUGAAUUAUUGCCACUUUCACAUUUAGGGUGUUUUACAUAUUCUAGAAUCCAUUGCUAUUGGACGCCAUAUGGUAGAAUACAUGCAUAACAUUACACAAUGGGAAGUGCCAAUCAUUUGUUUUGAGGUGUUUAGAUGUAUUUCUUUUGCAUUUCCUAGUUUUAACACGGAUAACUAUUUUCGUAAGUGAAGCCAUUUGUGAUGGGAGUGUUGGCAAGGACCAAUCUGUUUUGGUAGAAGAAAUAUCAGUUUCCAUGCCCUGUACUGAUAGACUUAUCCUUUGUUUUUUUUAAACUUACAAAACAAGAAAAACGUUUAAAAAAUCUGAGCGUACCCAAGAAGAAAAGCUGUCUACUCUACCUUGUGAUUUCAUGUCAGUACAUCUUUAUUGUGUUCAUUUUCUUUUCCUUGGGUAUGUCGUGAUGAACUGCUGUAAAUUUGUACAGUUCAUGUAAAUUGAUUGUGCGAAAGUUGUACAGAUUUCUAUAUUUUGGAAGAAAAGUUGUUUUUUUUCUCUGUAAUAAAAUAUUUCCUAUCUUGGCAACAUA